GGUCAUCGUAACAUGACGGCCACAUUCAAGCAAGACAAGGCGCCUCUGCCCAUAAUCGACUUUGCCAGCUUCAGCGUUAACGCGGGAGACUUUGAGCCAGUAAGCCUAACUACCCUAGUUGAAACUCAACGGAUCGCAGACACCUUCUAUGCCGCGUGCAGGGAUGUCGGAUUCGCCUACCUCAUCAACACUGGCAUCGAGGACGAAGACGUGCAGAAGAUGUUUGAGUGGUCUAAGAAGCUCUUCGCGCUACCGCUCGAAACCAAGAUGAAGGCGAAGCACCCGCCCGAAGGUUGGAAGCACAGAGGGUACAGCACCGUUGGGAUGGAAAAGGUCUCCGAGUCCCUCACCCUGUCCCCCGACCGUAUCUCGUCGCAUGUCCCUACACACGACCUCAAAGAGUCCUUCGACAUGGGCUCUGACGCCCCUACAGCACGCUUAGAGAACGUCUGGCUCCCCGAAGAAGAUCUCCCCGGGUUCCGCUCCGCGUCAUGCCACUUCCAGAGCCUCUGUCGCACCUUCCAGAUGACAAAGCUCCUGCCUGCGCUCGCGAUGGGUAUCCCUGGUGUGAAUGAUAAGGCGUUUUUCGAUGGGUUUCAUAGGACAGAGGACAACCAACUGAGGUUGCUGAGGUACCCAGGUGGUGAGGCGGAGGUGUUUGGGAGGGAGGGACAGGACGGAAGGCGGUGUGGGGCGCAUACGGACUUUGGAACAUGUACGCUACUUUUCCAAGAUGCCGUCGGCGGACUCGAGGUCGAGGAUCCGCAUUCACCCGGGACGUUUGUGCCUGUGCCGCCCGUACCUGGUGCAGUUGUGUUCAACGUUGGCGAUUUACUCAUGCGGUGGUCAAACGAUACACUUCGGUCGACGCUCCACCGCGUCGUCGCACCAAGCUCCGUAGUUGGCAAGGGUGGACGUGUACCAGAGCGGUACUCGAUACCUUACUUCAUGGGCCCAGACGCCAAAGCAUUCGUCGAGUGUCUUCCCGGUUGUUCGGGCCCGGAUCGGCCGGUGCGGUACGAGGGCGUCAGCGUAGAGAAGUACAUCGACGACAGGUUGAACGCUACGUACUGAACGGCGAGGACGUCAAACGGCCAAUGACAAUGAUGGCGCACGGGUGUUAUGCUUUUGUUGUGAUGAUAUAUACCUGCUAUAGUAUGGUUAACGAUGCUUACGCCAGCCCUUGUGUCUCUAGUAAUCUGUGGAU